AUGGAAUCCCCCGAAACCUGUCUAACGAACGUUCUCAAGAUCGAGAACCUCUCUCGAAUACCCUACACCCUCUACCGCCCUUCAGACGAUAACCCACCACAACCACAGCCACAGCCACCACCACCACUACAACCCCAACUACAACAACCGUCACAACAACAAUUACAACCACAACCACCACACCAACUCCCACAAUCACAAUCGCACUCAAGAAUCCUUCCCGCGUCACUAAACCGCCACACAACAAACGCCCUCCGACACGCCGAACGCACCCUCCGCACAGAAGGAAACAUCGUUUAUGCGGAUCGCGACAGCGUGACCCUGUGGCUAUUCCAGAUUGAAGGCUUCCCGUCACCACCCGGGGGAAACACCGCCAGCGGAGGAGGAGGAGGAGGAGGCGGCGCCGGCAGCGGUAAAGAUGCCUGCGGCGACGACAGCAUGGAGGGGGAGGUACAGGCACAGAUUGCCGAGGAGGAGACGAGCGGCAAGUGGAAGAGAAUCGACGCCAGGCUUCGCGAUGAGUGGGGUCUUCGAGAAUCGUCAUCCGGAACCUUCCUCGCAUCCACCUUAGCACCCCCUCAACCCCCGCACACAGCAACAUUUCACUCAUCCUCGUCGUCAUCGCGUCCCGCCACGCCUGGCUUCCCGCCCACGCCCAUGUCCGGCAUGUUCCCGCCCUCGUCGUCGUCGCACAGCACGCCUGCCGCGAUCGACCUCACCGACGACGGCGGCGGCACCUCCGAGGACGCCUCGUCCUCCUCAUCCCCGCCUGAAGACCAGUUUGCGGCCUACAAGCGCUUCAUCACCGCCGUGCUGCUGUCGCUCCACUUUGAGAUGGCGGCCGGCAGCGGCUACACGCCGCUCAACAUCCGCACGCUCGUCUCGCCGGCGUCCCUGCGGCUGUCGGGAUCCUCUGAGAAGCGCGCCGCCGCCGCCGGCAGUGAGAAGGAGGACAACAACAACAGCAACACGGGAAAGGCGGACCAACAGCAGCAGCAGCAGCAGCUCCCGAGCACGCCCGUCGUGGUACCGGAGGUUAUACGACCCACGGUGGUCGCGUUGGACGCUUAUCUGACCACCGCCGGAACGCUGCUGAUCAUACCGCAUACGGAGGAGAGAGACGGGAGAGACGUGUAUAUUGCGCCGUGGGGCGAGUGGGGGCGAUUGCUUCCCUCUACGCCUGCGGCGGAGCCGGCAAUGUCGGCGAAGGAGAUGAAGUGGAAGGACGCGGUAAGGUCGUAUCUGCAGGACUGCGGCAUCCUCUCGACGCCCGGUAAUGGCAAUGGCUGGCGGAGGGACGUGAACGUGCUUGAGGAGGCGGUGCAGAUGGGCGAUUGGCGAAGGAUCGAGAUAUGGAUACCGUUCAAGGAGUUUCCCGGAAUGGGCAUGGCCGUAAAGGUGCUGUGGCCGGAGGCACUGCUGUUUAUGAAGGCCAGCGAGGACGACACUAUACCCUGCACGGUGGGCGAUGAUGAUGAUGAUGAUGAUGCACAGGCUGAAGACGCUGCUACGGAGGGCGAGGACGUGUUCUGGAAGACGGUGUUUUCCGACCCGGAGUACGCACGCUUCGCGUCCGGCAGCCUAUCAAUGUCGCUCGCGUCGCUCGUAUUUGCAGACGACGGGCAGCCGCUGCCGCCGCCGCCGUCGCGCGCGCGGAAGGACAUUGGCGCGGACUGGUGGGGCACGGCGUCGGCGGUGGACUGGGCCGAGGAGUGGCUGGCGGGGCGGGAGGAGCGCGACCGCGUGGUUCAGGCGCGGCUGGAGGCGAAGAAGGCGCUGCGGCUGCAGAGGGAGGAGGCGGAGCGGCGGGUCAAGGAGGAGGAGGAGGAGCGGGUGCGCGUCAAGGUGAAGGAGGAGGAGAGGGCGCAGCAGCAGCAGCAGGUGCAGGUCCAGGUGCAGGUGCAGGUACAGAUGGAGAUGGGGAUGGGGAUGGGCAUGGGCAUGGGCAUGGAGAUGGAGAUGACGGAGGCGAUGGAUACGAAGGAGGAUAAGGCGAAGCUGAAGGUGCUGGAGCAGAAGAACCCCGCGGGCGUGUAUCCGACGCCGCCGGAGGGGGGGCCGCAGCAGCAGCAGCAGCACCAGCACCAGCAGCACACGGCACAGACGAUGGGCGGGGGGCCAGGGUCGACAGGGUCCGGGAGUGCGCCGGCAACAAUUUCAGCGGAGGCGAUGAUUGGCGCGGUGGCGCUGCCGGCGACGGAGACGGAGACGGACAUGGAGCUGGACUGGACGGCGGAGCUGCCGGGCGUGGCGGACCAGGUGCCGGAUGCGCUGGGCGGGGGGAGGAAACAGAGCGAUGCUGCGGCGAUCGGGGGUCUUGCGGGCGGCACGGCGGAGGCGGAUCUGUUUGGGGGCGAUAUGGACGAUGAUGAUAUGUUUGGGCAUGCCAUCACGGAGGACGACUUUGCGUUCUUUGAUAAUAAUCCCGGGGGAUUGGAGGACUUUGGGGAUGAUUUGGGGGAAAUGGGGGAGGAGGAUGUGAAUAUGGCGCUGGAGGAUAUGGAUCUUGGAGGAGGAGGAGGAGGAGCGGGCAGCAGUGUACAGGCUGGCGGUGGUGUUGGUGGUGUUGGAGGCGGCGAGAUGGACCUGACCAUGGAGAUUCCCAUGCACAUGCGGGAGGAAAUGGUGAUUUCAUCCAGCCCCGCUGCUGGAGCCAUGAUGGCGCAGCAGCCGCCGACUAUCAACAUUGACGUGAGCAGAGCCGACGGACAUCAUCACAAUCACGACCCAAGGCCCCCCGGAGGUGGUGGUAGCGCCUCUGAGAAGCAGCAGCUGGCAGAGCGCGAACCGCACAUCCAGACGCCGCCGCUGAGCCCGCACCGCGCCAUCCGCCUGCUGGUGCCCGAGUACUCGCUCUCGCCCAGCACGCACCACCACCACCACCACCCGCACCCCACGCCGCCAACAACCGGCGGGGCCAUGAAGACGCCGCAGAACAAUGGCGCGCCCCCAGCACCACCGCCUCCACCACCCCCGAGCGGGGGUGGGGGUGUCAGUGAAGCGAAGCGCAGAAUGUCGCUCUACUCGCCAAUCACGUUCACGACAAAGAUCGAGAUGGCAGAUAGAAAAUAUGCACCCGGAGGACGGUAUUUCUUGCCAGAGAGCAUCAAGGACAAGGAGCUGAAGGAGUUUGAGAGCAAGCAGGGGGGCAAGCUGGAGACGACCAAGGCGGUGCCUCCCACCACGCCGGGCGGCAAGCGGAAGCGCGGCAUCUUUGUGCGCUCGGUGGUGGUUGAGGAGGGGGGCGUGGAGAUGGCGGCGGCGCCGGAGGUGGCGGAGGUGGUGCUGGCGGACGACGCGGUGAUGGCCGAGAGCCCGGAGGACGACGAGUGCGAUGCGGGCGAGUAUAGCGAUGACGAGUGGUCUGAGGAGAGCAGUGUUGAGAGCGAUGCCGAUGACGAGACGGAGGAGGAUGAGGCCGAUGUUGGCGGGAGGUACUAUACGAGCCCGUUGGCGGUGGCGUAUGGCGGCAGUGGCGGCGGCGGCGGCGGAGGAGGGAGUAGGAAGCGGAAAUGGGCGUUUGAGGACGACGGCGAGAGCUCUUCGGUGGCGGAAACGACGAUGAAGCGGGAGACGGGUGUUGGUGGUGCGGGCGGUGGUGUUGGUGGUGUUGGCGCAGCGGACGGGGAGGGCGAGGUGCUGGGCGAGAUUGCGCCGCCGCCGUGGGAGGUGAUGGUGCCAGACCCGACGGACGCCUCUCUUGUGGGCGUCUUCUCCAACAUGACACUCGAGACAGACGCGGUAUCGCUGGCGGGCCUGGGAGAGGCCGAGUUCAUGGCCGUCAGCAGGCUUGUGCGCGAGCAGGUUGUGAGCGGGACGUCCAAGCCGCUGGGAACGCUGCUUGACGGCGGGGGCUGGGAGACGGCGGUCGAGGACGACAACGAGGAGUGGUGUCUGCUGCGCCGGCGGAAGGGCAAGGACGAGGAGGUUGUCGAGGAGGCUGCGCGCGGGCUGUUUGGCAGCGGAGGUGUCGUCCGCUGUACGCUCGAGACAUAUGUCACGGUGGCCGACGCAGUGAUCGACCCGCCGCCGACGCCGCUGCUUGUCGGCAGAGCGGCGUCCAUGCGGCCCAUUGCACAGCCCAGGCGCGGCAUCAAUAGCAAUAGUAACAACAGCAACAGCAACACCCCGACGCUCAACAGCAACAACAAGCGGUCCUCAGACCUCACGGCGCCUGCUGCCAAUUCAGCGAUUUUCAGACUGCCGCCACCGCAUGUGCAUAUCCACCGUGCUGAGCAGGCGCUGGAGAUCCUGCCGCCGGCCCUCCACUUCUGGGAGACGUUCGGCUUCGGCCCGUGCUCGGGCCCCAAGAACGUCAUCGGCUUCUGCCUGCACCCGGCAUCAAAGGCCAUGGACGACGCCGCCGACGCACUCCUGGAGCGCGUCUCGUUCUCGUACGAGUCUGGCCGCUUCGGGACACACGUGCGUGGGCGGCUGGACGCGUCGGGCAUCACGAACGGCGCGCUCGGCAUCGGGCCAAAGGACAGCACCGGCGAGAUUGACAGUCUGGAGAAGGGCGUGGUGGCGCUGAUGGACGGGAUGGCGGAGUUUGGGGUGGUGCUGGCGAACGGUGUGGCCGACGAGUUGCAGAAUAUCGUGGUGUAUGUGAUUAAUCCGUUUGAGCACCCCAGCGCGGUGGUGGAUAUAUGUGCGGGCUUUGUGCGCAUGUGCAGGGUGUAUGUGGCGGCGUGUGUGGGCGGCGGCGGCGGGGCGCAGAUGGGUGCGGGGGCGGGGGCGGGGGCGGGGGCGAGGAGGAAUAAUUUGGUGUUGCAGAUUGUGCCGGUGGGGUUUUUGGCGAGGAGGGAAGGAGGUGUGAGUCGGGGCCAGGGCGAGUGGGCGACGUUUGCGUGUGAGGUGUAUAAUCGAUGCAUGCCGACGGAUGGGAUGUGCUCACUGGACGAGGCACAAAAGACAUUUUCACCAUCAAUAUAUCUCACCCGCUCACCGCCAAAGACAAUCGAGUUCCGCGCAACAGACCCCUCGCCCUCCCUCCUGCACGAAAACUCCCUCCUGCACAUCGCCUACGCCCAAAGCCUCGACGAGCGCUGGAUCACCGUCGCCUGGACCGACGCCUGGGGCGAGCAGCAAGCCACCGAGAGCUACUGCCUCGGCCGCAAGCACUGCACCGUGCUGCGCCCCUUUGACGACGUCUGCCGCGACAUCUGGGCGCGCACGCUCGAGAUCACGCGCAUCCGCCGCGUCGCAUGGCGCAUCAUGCUGGCCAAGGUGGCGCCCACAAUGCCCGCCGACGAGAUCGACAUCUGGGCGCGCCUGUCGCGCGCGUCGAUGGGGAGUCUUACACACACGCUUACGCUGCUGACGGCGGAUGUUGCCCCGCCGUUGGCGGUGGCGCCGGUGUUGCCGGCUGUGGCCCCCGCGGCGUUUAAUCCACUUGUGGGGGGCGCGGGGACGGGGACGCCGCCGGGGUUGGGGGGCACGACGCCGACGCCUGGGGGUGGUGCAGGGGGGUCGAUUGUGUCGCCGGAUCAGUUUGGGGGUGCGGCGGCGACGCCGUCGGCGGAUUUGUUGCCGGAGGUGGAUGCGGGGUCGGCGUUGGUGGAUUAUGGGGAUGAGGUGUGGGGCGUGGUGUGUGCGCACCGGUGGCGGCGGGGGCUGCUGCUGGGGAUGGAUGAUGCCGGCAGUGCUGGUGUAGGUGGAGGGGGGUGGAUGGGGUAUCUGGUGAAGAGGGGGGCGCGGGGGAGGGGGACGAUAUGGUUGUGCUGGGCGUGGAGGUUGUGA